AUGGAGUGUUGUAGGCGAAAUCCAACCACAUCAAUCGGAGUAGUAGCCAUCUCCCUUCUCCUGGUGGCUGUGGUGGGCAUCCCUAAGACGGAGGCUGCCAAAACCCGGCCACCGGUCGCAUUAGAAAACCACGGUGGGCAGAUGCUUAAAGGCAACCUUGAUUUAUCACUGGUGUUCUAUGGGCAGUUGGGGCGGGUCCAGAAGAGCACGUUGAGAUCGUUUUUGAGGUCUUUGAACCAGCAUGGUCCGGCUGGGUAUGGUUCACAAGUCUCGUCCUGGUGGCGCAUGGUUAGCGCCUACGUUCCUGGUGGUGUGGAAAUCAAAGUCAGGGUGGCGAAGCAAUACGUUGAUCCUAGAUACUCUCUUGGAAAAGUUUUGACUCGUGAUUUCAUUAUGAUUCUUGUCAAAAACGCUGUCGCUGGAUUGUCUCGUGCCGUCCCCGUGAUUGUGGCAGCUAGAGAUGUUUCGGUUCAAGGGCUUUGCAUGGGGAAAUGUGCAGAGCAUGGAGUUAUUGAUGGGAUUCCUUAUGUCAUUAUUGGGAACCCAGUGACCGAGUGCCCAGGAGCUUGCGCAUGGCCAUUCCACCGAGCCGACUAUGGUCCACCAGGCGCCAUCCUCAAGCCACCAAGCGGCGAUGUCGCUGCUGAUGCCAUGGUUGUUUCAUUAGCCUCUGGCUUGGCCUCCGUUGUCACCAACCCCUUCCAAACAGGCUUAUUCCAGAUCGGAGAGAAGGCUAACAUGGUCGAGGCCUCCACUGCCUGCCCAGGCAUGUUCGGCACUGGAGCCACCCCUGGCUACACCGGUAAAGUCGCCGUUGACCCCCGCACUGGCGGCGCUUACAAUGCCGUUGGGUUUAGGGGCAAGAAGUUUCUUCUACCUGCUCUUUGGAAUCCCAAGACUUCCUCUUGCUGGACUGUCAUGUAA